AGCGCGCCGGGAGCUCCGCGCCGCCGUCGGGGGUCUCUCGCUGGCCGCGCAAGCAGGGGCGCUUCCCGGGUCCCCCCCCCCCCGCCCCUUCUCGCCGCUGCUGGGCAAUCUGAAGUUCAUGCCAUUAUGGACGAGGUUGAUAGCAUUGAGUUUCGCCUGCAGCUUCUGAUGGUCGAUGAAGACUUGGGAAAGGAAGAUGUAGAGGCCGUCAAAUUUCUCUGCCAGGACUUCAUCCCUUUCAGCAAGCUGGAAGUGAUGACAUCAGCACGUGAAAUCUUCCAGUUCCUCAUAAGUCAGGACAUUGUAAACCGGGAGGAGCCCUUUGUCAUAGCAGAGCUCCUCUAUCGCAUCCGGCGUCUCUCCCUGCUGCAGAAAUUUGGCUAUACCAAAGAGGAAGUUCUGGAAAACCUGCCUCUGAAAGGGAAGGUGCUUGAAUACCGACAGAUGUUGUAUGAAUUGUCGGAAGAGUUCACUGAGGAUGAUCUCAGAUGUGCCGUAUUCCUUCUGAGGAGCCAUCUUCCAAAAGUUCAACCCAAAAUGUCUUGUUUGCAGCUGCUGACUGUCCUAGAGAAGAAAGACCUCUUAUCUGAGACAAACCUACAAAUGUUGAAAGAGCUGUGCACCAAAAUAGCACCAAACUUGCUGAACAUAAUCAGUAAAUACGAACAAAAGAAAGUUUCUACGUCCGUUCAAGAAAGUGAAAAAACUGCACCCUCUUCAGUUCGUGAAUUUAGGAAACCCUCUGGAAGUGAUAGCCUGUCUGCUCCUAUCAAGGAAGGCGCCAUCAAAUACCCAACGAAAAGUCUUGAUUUUUGCAGCAGUCUGACGGUGCACGUUGGAAAUACGCAUUCUUUUGGAUCGAAUCCAGAUGUCAAAGCAGAAAAUUUCAUUGGCCAUCCAGAACACAACUUUCCAUGUCGUGAACAGGAUGAAGAAUCAAAAACCGCACUUGAGAUGCCAUCUUUGUAUAAAAUGGAUGGGCCGUGUAGAGGGCGUUGCCUCAUUUUUAAUAAUAUCAACUUCAAAGAACAUCUUGGAAAGAGGAUGGGAUCUCAGAAAGAUGCUGAGGAAUUGGAACGUGUGUUUAAAUGGCUCGGUCUGGAGGUGAUAACAUACGAUGACCAAAGCUCAGUAGAAAUGCUCCAGCAUCUGCAGAAAUGGCAGUCCUCUGAGAACUGGAAAGAGAGCGAUUGUUUGGUGUGCUGCAUUCUGUCUCACGGUGAAUCAGGAAAAAUAUAUGGCACAGAUGCCCGGCUGAUCCCAAUCCGUGACAUCAUGUCCCACUUCACUGCCAAACGGUGUCCACUUCUGGCCACAAAGCCCAAACUUUUUUUCAUCCAGGCGUGUCAAGGUGAAAAGACACAGAAGGCUGUCUACCUUGAGCCAGACGCGUAUGAUUGGGACCAUCUGGGAGCAGACGCACAGAGCGCGGGGCCUCUGUCCUCACCGCAGAUGCCAAGCAUUCCAGAAGAGGCAGACUUCCUCCUCGGGAUGGCCACGGUGGAUGGUUAUCUGUCGUUCCGGCACAUUCAGGAGGGCACGUGGUACAUCCAGGCACUGUGUACCAAGCUGCAGCUCUUGGUACCAAGAGGGGAAGAUAUCUUGUCCAUUCUGACGCAAGUCAAUGACGAUGUGAGCCGUCGCGCAGACUCACAAGGGCUGAAGAAACAGAUGCCUCAGCCGGCUUACACCCUGACGAAAAAACUGGUAUUUCCUGUGCCUAGAGAUCCUCCCCCGUCACAGCAGCCGUAGGACUUUUGUCGGCUGUCUGCCAUUUUGGACUUCUGGAGUUGCAGAGACCCCUAUCCCAAAUGCUGCUGUCUGGCUUUUGAAGCUUUGCACUAAGACUUCAGCUGCUGAGGCUUUCGGGCAGCUUUUAAGUUUGGAUUCCUUCCCACCCCUGUGGGUGCCGAUCCGUUUUUCAUAUAUUGAUACAUAUUCACCUGUGGCUGCAUACACAUGAUCUUCUGUGUAAAGGGUAAGUCAUCAUGCAUACAAAAAACAAGCAACAGUGAACUGCUCAGACGUUUGGAAAGAUUUGUUUCUCCCCGCCAAGGAAAAUGGGUUUUACAGAAAAUUUGAUAUGCAACAAGGGUAGGUGUGCAUCCAGAGAGUCGCGAUGCUGUAAGACCCACCUGCCAUCCCGUCAAUCAUAACAGCCGACAUAAGCCACGGUGGUGGGGAAAGAGUUCCUCCACUUCUCAGUCCAAGGUGCUCGGCUGAAAUAGGAGGUGGCUGUUCUUUUAGGCCUUCCUGGUGAGGCUGCUGGUCACUGUGGGCAACGAAAUGCUGGACGAACGAGACCCUGCUUCCCGUCUCGCACGUAUCGUCUCAGAUUGCAUUGCCGCAAACGUUGACUAAGGGGGAUUUAGCCGUUUUGAAAGAGAAUGCAUGAGGCACGUUUUCUAUCGUGUGAGUGUGUUUUGAAGAACAAACUAGUGUGCCAAUCGUGUUGCGCUUUGUAAGAAGAGCAGCAAAGAUUUUGCCUGCCUGGUCACACCUGUCCUAGGAAGUCCAGUCCACUCCCUCGAGACCAGCUCUUCCCGUUUCCUUAAGUGCCUCUCCACAGUGCUGGACUUUCCUUAUCUGGCUAGGCUACAUGUCUUAACUGUUUGGGAGCCAACCCCUGUACUCGGGUUCCAAUCCCUGCCAAUGUGAAACUCACAGGGUGACCCUGGCUUAAGGAUUCUGCCAGCCUUAUCUAACCUACCUCACUGGAUUGUUUUUGAGGUGAAAAUGGAGGGAAGGAGAAACCCAUCUAAGGCUUCAGCUCUGUGGACAAAGGGAAGGAUCAGAGAUUCACCCUGCAGUCAAGUGCAAUUACUGGCCCUCAUUUUACUCAGUGUGCCGUCUCUUGUAUAACCACUGCCACUGGGUUAAGAGAACUUUCCCCACACAUCUGCCUGAGAUUAAAAUCUGUGGAAGUGGUAGAACUUAGGGUAUGGGGGAUUGUAGGGCUUGUUAAGAAUCCCAAGUGGAACCAGCAGUUGGGGAUAGGAGUUGUGCAGGUUGGCUACCAGGCUGGAAGUAGUCAAGAUUGUGUCAUAGAAAGAAUUGGCCUGCUGCUGAAAUGUUGAAAUGGCCAAAAGUCUUACCCCUUGCAAAAUUGUUUAGAAACCAUUAUCCAGUUCUCGUGAUGUGUGCUGGUUUGGAAAUAGCCACUAUGGAAAGUUCUGUGAUGAAUGGAAGAAGAGUUCCGUUAUGGGAAGACGACGACUACAGGCACAUGGCAGAAGCACUUAAGGAGGAAAAGUGCCCAGGAGGUAGAAGGCAGGUGGGUGAGCAGGCGUGGGAAGAAGAGCCGCUGCUGUUUGCCACGUGGCCUUAAAGACACAGAGAAUUACCUCAGAAGAGAUUAAAUGACAGCAUGUGUGAUUUACCAUAGGAAUGAAAAUAAAGAAUUAAACUUGA